AUGGCUAUCGCGCUUUGGUUUUGUCCACCUCGUUCUUCACCCACAUAUGAAUCUUUAAAUCAAUUAAUUGUCUCUUUACAGUCAUUAUUCCCAAGCUCCCCUGUUUUCGAACCUCAUAUUACUAUCACAUCUAAUUUAAUCUGUAAUAAUGAUGAUGAUGUGAAUAAAAUUUUAACGUCAUGCGUUGCCUCGAUCAAUUCAAUUAAACCAUUGCUAAAUAUAAAUAAUAAUACUAACAGUUCAACUUCAAAUAAUCAUACACCAUCCUCAAUCAGGUUGAGUUCGGAUUCUUCAUAUUCUUUUCAAGAUCAAUAUUCUUCUUCAAGGAAAAAGUAUAUAUUACCAUUAGUAUCAUUAAAUGGUUGUAGCAUAGGCAAGAAAUAUUUCAGAAAGGUUGUCCUUGAAUGUACUCCAAAUAAAUAUCUUUACAGUAUAGCUCAAAUUAUGAGAGAAUUAUACGUUGAAAGAGAUACUACAAUUACAGCAACUAAUGAAGUCAUUACUGCAAGAGAUAAAGCUAUGAAAUGGUUACAUGAGGAAUUUAAUCCUCAUGUUUCACUCCUAUAUUCUGACAGUUAUUCAAUUAGCCCCGCAUUUGUUAAAGUUAUUCAACAAAGAAUUGAGGAUUCUUUAGAUGUUGAGCUAGCUGCAAUAGAUAAUACGAAUAAUAAAAAUCAAAUUCAAUCUUGGUCAUUCGACCACAUACCAUUCCAAUCCUGGGGCUUACCAGGAACUUUUAAGAUAGUUAGAUGUGAAGGUCCAGUAGAAAAAUGGGAAGUUUUAGGUAAAGCUGAUGUUAUUUAA